CCGGUCGAAGAUUUUUAUAAUCUUUGCGGUAACUGGCGCAUCACUGCUGAAGUAGUUCUACACUUCUAGUUAGUUUAAGGUCUCCAGAAUGCAUCUUUUAAGCGCGUAAUCAACCUCUGAAAAGCUGCAGAAAUUAAGUAGUAGAACAAUUUCAACUAGAAUGAGUAGUAUCAUCCUUAUAAACAAUCACAAUAAGCAAUUGCUGGAAAAUGAGAUCAUCUAACUCAAACAUCAAUAUCUAAUGAAUAUUUAAGAAGAAUUAAAUCCUAAUAUGUGAAGGUAUAUUAUUUUGUGCAAACGUAUAGUGUCCAAUAUUAUUAAAAAAAAAUACAUGUUAAAAAUUAAAACUAUACUGUCUAAACUUUUUUUUUUCCCUUCCAACAUUGCGUUUAGGUUUGACAAUAUUAUAGUAGAAUUUUUUUUUUUAUUGCCUAAUUUUGUUUCCUAAGUUAAUUAAUUAAUUAUCAACAUGUUGUUUGCAGUUGUAUUAAUAAACAAUUAAAAUCUUCACACUAUUUAAUCAUCAACAUGUUAUUUGCAAUAGCAUAGCAUAUCAUAUCAAAUCAAAUCAAAUCUUUGCUUCAAAAAAAAAAAUAUCAAAUCAAAUCUAAAUAUUUAAAUAUGCAGCAUGCGAUCCACGAGUAACUUAAUAAAUAAACAAAUAAAAAUGAAUUGGUUUAAAAGAAAAAAAAAAUAAUAAUAAUAAUAAUAAACAAAUAAAAACCUGAUGAUUGCUUUGUUUUCCGCACCAAAUUCAUCAAACAAAAAUUGAUCAUUCCCUCUUUUUAAAUUCCUCCUCUCCCGCCUCAUCACCACUUUCCACCUUUCUCACUCUUCCUUCUUCCUCUUUCUCUCUCCUCUAUCUCUGUCAUUCGAAGCUUCGUAACCUCCAUUAAUGGCGUCAACUGCUACUCUCAACUCCAUUGAAGCUCAGAAAUUCGAGAACCUUCGUUCGGCUGUCUCCGGUUUCAACCAUAUCAGUGCGAAUGAGAAAUCAGAUUUCAUCAACCUUGUAGGUCGAUACCUUAGUGGAGAAGCUGAGCAGGUUGAUUGGAGCAAAAUCAAGACUCGUACUGAUGAUAUUGUUGUUCCAUAUGACGCUUUAUCACUGUUUUCGGAAGGUAAAUGCAGAUUAAUUUAAGUUAGAUUUUUAAUUGUGUCGAUCGAUCAAUGAAAUUGUGGUUUGAGUUAUCUGCACAUGAGGCAAAAGACUAAGGAGCUUUUAGAUAAACUUGUGGUGUUGAAGUUCAAUGGAGGUCUAGGAACUACCAUGGGUUGUACUGGUCCUAAGUAUGUUGUUCUUACGUAGAUCAUGAUAUUUGAUAUUUUUUAAAUUUGUUUUACAAUUUAUUGAUUGAAUUUUGUACUUUAAGUCGAAUAUAUGAUUGUUAAUGAUUUGGAUUGUAGA